UUUCUUUUGUUUUUUUUAAAUGAUUUUCCUAAACCCUAAAUCAAAACUCUCUUUUUCUGCCGCCGUUCCUUAUCUUCACCAUCUCCGUUAAAACAGAGGCAUUUUCAGAUUGAUCCUUCCACUCUCCCUCCUCUCUCCAUAACUCUCUUCUCAUGUAUUCAUUGAUACUCCAAGGUGGAAGAAGGUCACGCGAGUUACAUCAAUGGCAGAAUCGAGUAAUGAAUCUUCUUCUCCAAAACGGCUCUACUUUCACUGAAUCGUUCUCUUCUGUUGUUGCUACCGCUAAAGAUCUAAGUUUUGAAGAUGAAAGAAAGAGGAAGACUUUCACAGUCUCUUACCUUAUUGAUUCAUUAGGGUUAACUACAAAACUCGCUGAAUCAAUCUCAAUGAAAGCUAAUUUCGAUGAAAAAGGUAAUCCAGAUUCAGUCUUGAAACUUCUAAGAAGCUAUGGAUUCAAAGAUUGUCAAAUCUCAAGUAUCAUUGCUACUUACCCACGAUUUCUUGUUGAGAGUCCUGAGAAGUCUCUUCGUGCUAAGCUUCAUUUCUUGAAGCUAAAUGGAGCUUCAAGCUCUGAGCUUACUGAGAUUGUUUCGAAAGUUCCUAAAAUCUUGGGGAAGAGAGGAGGGAAAUGGAUUAUUCAUUACUAUGAUUAUGUCAAAGAGAUCUUGCAAGAUCAAGAUACGAGUUCUUCUUCCAAGAGAAAGCAGACGAAUCGAAAUCGAAAUGUAUCGGUUUUGAGAGAAUUAGGAGUGCCUCAGAGACUGUUGUUGAACUUGUUGAUAUCUAGAGCUAAACCAGUUUGUGGGAAAGAAAGAUUUGAAGAAUCGGUUAAGAAGAUUGUUGAGAUGGGUUUUGAUCCAAAAAGUCCAAAGUUUGUCAGUGCUUUGUAUGUUUUCUAUGAUCUUAGUGAUAAGACUAUAGAGGAGAAAGUGAAUGCUUAUAAGAGGUUAGGACUUUCUUUGGAUGAAGUUUGGGUAGUUUUCAAAAAAUGGCCUUUCUCUUUGAAAUACUCGGAGAAGAAGAUAAUUCAGACGUUUGAGACUUUGAAACGGGUUGGUCUAAGGGAAGAAGAGGUAUGCUUAAUGGUUAAGAGGUACCCUGAAUGUGUAGGGACUUCAGAGGAGAAGAUAGUGAAGUCAGUUGAAACUUUUCUUGAGUUAGGAUUCACAAAAGACGAGUUUGUGAUGAUCAUCAAGCGGCAUCCUCAGUGUAUUGGAUUAGCUGCGGAUUCGGUGAAGAAGAAGACCGAGUUUCUUGUGAAGACAAUGGGUUGGCCUUUAAAGGUUGUAGCUUCAACCCCCAUUGUACUUGGAUUCAGCUUGGAGAAGUUUGUUUUACCGCGGUGUAAUGUAAUCAAAGCUCUUUUGUCUAAAGGGCUGAUCGAUGAAAUCCCUGCGAUCUCGUCUGUAUUGACGAGUCCUAAGCUGAAGUUUUUGAAGCUCUUUGUGGAGAAGCACCAAGAUGUGUUGCCUGAGUUGAACUCUAUCUUCACUGGAGAUAACGUUCUAGUAAAUUAGAAAGCAUUGUGAAGAAAGAGUACCAACCUCAAAGAAUGUAUAAUGUGACCUUUUUGUUAUUUUAGGGAAUAAAAACAACAAAUGAGAACACUUAAGAUAUUGUGAAUGUCAGGCUGUCACUGUCUACUAAAAUUUGGUGAUUUGGGCAAUUAAGGAUGUGUUUAGUA